AUGGCUGCGACGCCAAUAAACGGGCUUGGUGGUCGGAAACGACGAGAUGAUUUAUGGACAUACUUUCAGUAUAAUCCAUCAGAAAGAAAAACGGAAUGCAUUGUAUUGGGAGACGACGGUAAAUGUGGCCAUAAACUAGGUAGGAAGAAUACAACCAACCUCAAGCGGCACCUGAAGGCUCAUCACGCGGAUAUUUUUUCGAAGAUCCCAUUGACCAGAACCCCCAUACAGAAACCUGGUUGUCCAAAUAACGACAGGACACAGACAUCUAUCGAAACAGCCUUCGCCGCAGGAUCCAAAUACAAGUCAAACUCUGUGGAACAAAGUGUCAAAGAACAAGCGCUCGCUCUUUGGAUUGGACGCACUGCAUUCAAGUCUAAUGAACCGGAUGAGCCCACUAGCUCCGAGGAUGAAUCCAUCGAGACGAGUGACCCUGAAGAUACUGAAGUGGCUGUUAGAGAACACCAGAGGUUUGGAGCCAUAGAUACGAGUAGGACCCCCUGCGUUGUACACACUCUACAACUUGUGGUAAACAUGAUCCAGAAAGACACAAGUGUCAACCGACUGCUGAGCAAAGUUAGAGGUCUUGUUAAGCUCUUCCGCAAGUCAUCAGUGGCAACUGAGCGACUGCUGCAGUUGUGUCAACUAACCCUGGUCAAAGACUGCCCUACUAGAUGGUCCAGCACAUAUCAGAUGAUAUCACGGCUUCUCCAAAUCAAAGACUUAGUAGUUCAGGUUGCGGAUGGGAUGAGCUGGGACCAUUUACUAUCAAGUGAGUGGCAUAAACUGUCCACUCUCAGAGAUUUACUCGUCCCCUUCGCUGAGCAUACCCAGUUGCUCCAGAGUGACACACAGUCAUUAUCCCUUGUGGUGCCUGCCCUUCUGGACCUGCAGGGUCACCUGUCUGAGUUUCCCCAAGCCCAGGGAUCUAGCUUUAAGGACCUUGCUUCCUUGGCAAUUAAGAUGAAGGCAAACUUGGACAAGAGGUUCAGCUGCUUUCUUGAUCACACUGACUCCAAGUUUUCACCUCUCGCUGCUGCUGCAUGCUUCCUUGACCCGACAGUUGCACCUGAAGCACUCCUUGAAAAUGAUGACGAGCAAAUAGAGGCACUUGUGAGAAGAGCAGAAGAUUAUAUUGCUCAGUUGGUGCCACAAGUUGUACGGGAGGAGGAGGCUGAAGACGACGAGCCAGAGGAGGGAGAAGAAUCCAAAGAAGAGCAGCCUCAUAACAAGCGGCCCAGAUUCAGAUUCUUGUCCAAACCAAGCCGGCCUUCCAAGUCUACCCUCUCAAAGCCGUGUGUCAAGGAGGAAAUCAAGAAAUUCAAGGAGCAGUUGUCACAGCCUACAAACCAAGAGACUGCCCUAGAAUUUUGGGAUGCACAGGGAGAUUAUGUGUAUCUGAGCCUAAAACCUAUUGCCUUAGACCUUCUGGCCAUGCCAGCAUCUCAAGCAUUUGCUGAGAGAGUCUUUAGCAUUACAGGUGACCUCAGUCGGGGCCGUCGUAAUAGAGCAAGAGUCAUUUUAGAAAGAAGUGCUUUCCUGAAACUGAAUCGAGCUCAGUAG